ACUUGUGUCUCUGUGUUUGUGUAUGUCUGUUGGUUGAUUUUAAUCACAACUCAUGAUUAAGUAGGCACCAUUGUUUUUUUUUUCACUGUGAGAUUUAUUUUGUGUGUGUGUGUGUUUCUCUUGAGUCUGGUCUCAUCUAAAUCAUUAUUAUCAUGUGUUGUUUAUGGUCUUCACAUGGUUGGUUUGCCCUCAUUAUACUUCUCUCUGUGUGUUUGUACCCUUCUGUGUGAAUGUGUAUGUGACAGCAGCACCAAUAUCACAAGAAGACGAGACAAUACCCUGUGAAAUAACCAGUAUGUGUGAAUCUGGUUUCAACCAGUAAAGAGGGCAAAGGCAUGCACACACACACAGCCCACUAGUACGAGGAGUGUGUCUUUGUUUGUUGGUGACACAUCUGGACUCCUCCCGGGUCUGUUCCCUAUAAAACAGCAGUGGUCAGUGCAGCUCAGUGGGGUUUGCUUACUUCCACCCGAGGGGACUUCUCUGUCAGCCUGGGCAAGACCGCUGCAACGCCUCCAUCACCGCUGGUCUCUGCAAGCCGCCCCAAGCAACACAAACAUGGCUCCUUUUGAGAAAUCCAUUGAGUUGAUGCCCUUCAAGCAAAGAAAAUGCCUUGAAACAAGAAAAGAUGAAGUGUGCAGCAUUCGGUCUAAAUUUCCCAACAAAUUGCCUGUGAUUGUGGAACGUUACAUACGUGAAAAGGCUCUUCCCCUGUUGGAUAAAACAAAGUUCCUGGUCCCGUUUGAGCUCACCUUGGGACAGUUCCUAUGCCUGUUAAGGAAUAAGAUUGCCUUGGACUCCACCCAGGCUCUGUUCCUGCUGGUGGCAGAGAAGAGCAUGUCUUGCAUGUCCUCCAGCAUGGGGGAGGUUUAUUCCCAUCACAGCGACACUGAUGGCUUCCUCUACAUCACCUACGCAUCACAAGAUAUGUUCGGAGCACCUCAGCACGCAGCCAGGCCGCCUUGCUGAUCCUGAAGCAGAUCAAAUGAACUGAACCUCAACCACUGGUGUUGACACCACAUAAACUGGACAAACUGAGCCAAGCCCAGAUGGUUUUUGUCCUGUUUUAUUAAUUUGCCCCCAAUUGCAGAUCCGCCUACCUCAUGAAACUUGCUGGAAAUCAGUAAAUAGCUCCAUCCCACGUCACUUCAGCAAGCCAAAAUUAGACUGUGGUGUGCAAGACUCACGCAGUAAGACACUGAGAGAUUGUAUUAUAUUUUGGAACCAAUUUGGAAGGUGCAACAGCUUCUUUUGAUAUUUCAACUCUAUUGAAUUUCAAAAAUCUUAAAUAAAAUGUUACACCGGUAAUUGUGAUGUUGUUUGCCUGAUGUAUUCCUCCACAGGUCAUAUUUCACCACAUUGUAAUGCGAAAAAAAAACAAAAAACUGUGUUAACCUUGCCAUAAUGCCAGUUCAGUCUAAAACCACAACCAAAUUCACACAAACAGGUUCAAACAGGUUCAAUAUCUUACUUGUGAUCAGACUCCUUCUUAGCACUUAUCCCCCUUACCUUUCCUCUCGUGGUAACCUCUUCCAUCUUCGCUUGGAAAAUGUGAAACUUGAGGUACUUACUGAAAACAUGAAUGUCAAUUUGAUGCUGCUAUGAUUUCUUGUUCUGUAUCAAGCUGCGAUUCAAUAAAGAAUACAUUCUCGUCCUUUUAA